CUCUGCAGCCAGGCGCUAUAGGAGACGUAAGGGGGUGGGGGGAUGCGGCCUAAACGCGCAUUUGAAAGAUGGCGGACACGGAACGUAAAUCGGUCGAUGUUACAGCCGACCGUGAUCAAACAAGUGAGCCGGUCCCUAAGAAACCACGGUGUAGCUUUCUUCAGAACUGUGUUCCAGGACAAAUAACCAGUGGAGAUGUGCCGGGCAGGAGUUGUGCGGAGGAAAGUUCAUCACGGCCACAAGAUGCAGAGCCGGAGAUGGGGGUGUCUAAGGCCACGGAGACUGUACAGGAAAACAACAAUGAGCCUGAGCCCUGCGAGCUCACAGAAGAUGACUCUAACGCAGAUAAGACUCUAAUGUCUGGACAUGAAAGUGAGGUGUUAGAAACAGGUUAUUUGGAUGAUGGUGUUCACCACAAUGGAUUUUAUUCACCUGAAUUAGCUGGUGAUGAUGACUGCUCCUCUCAUGCCAGUUCUAGUGACUGGACUCCCCAGCCACGGAUUGGAUCUUACCGCUUUAUUCAACAACAGAUAAUGAGAGAGACUGAUCCACGGACUAUUCUAAAUGACCUGCUGCCAGAAACUGUCAUUCCACCUGAUCUUGAUGACAUGACACUAUGGCAGAUUGUUCUCAACAUCUCAGAGCCUCCUAAGAGAAAGAAACGAAAAGAUAUUAACACCAUAGAAGAUGUCACCAGACUGCUUAAUGAUUGCAAAAAGAUACUUGUCCUGACUGGUGCUGGGGUUUCUGUUUCCUGUGGAAUACCUGAUUUUAGGUCAAGAGAUGGGAUUUAUGCUCGACUUGCUGUAGAUUUUCCAGACCUUCCAGAUCCUCAAGCAAUGUUUGAUAUUGAGUACUUCAAAAGGGAUCCAAGGCCUUUUUUUAAAUUUGCGAAGGAAAUCUAUCCUGGACAGUUUCGGCCAUCACUUUGUCACAGAUUUAUUGCUUUGUUGGAUAAGAAAGAGAAAAUUCUCAGGAACUACACUCAGAACAUUGACACUCUGGAGCAGGUUGCAGGAGUCCAAAGGGUCAUGCAGUGUCAUGGUUCCUUUGCAACUGCAUCCUGCCUUGUGUGUAAACACAAAGUUGAUUGUGAUGCCGUAAGGGAAGAUAUAUUCAGACAGGUUGUUCCUCAUUGUCCAAGGUGCCCUAAUAUCCCUUUUGCUAUUAUGAAACCAGACAUUGUCUUCUUUGGAGAGAACCUUCCUGAAGCUUUUCAUAGGGCCAUGAAGCAGGACAAGGAUGAGGUGGAUCUCCUCAUUGUUAUCGGAUCCUCUUUGAAAGUGCGGCCAGUGGCUCUUAUUCCAAGCUCUGUUCCCCCUGAAGUGCCUCAAGUUUUGAUCAACCGUGAGCCCCUGCUUCACAUGAAUUUUGACGUAGAAUUGCUGGGAGACUGUGAUGUCAUCGUUAAUGAAUUAUGUCAUCGACUGGGUGGUGACUUUGAGCAACUUUGCUACAACUCUUCUCAACUAAGUGAGAUCACAGACAUACCUCCUCCUCUACCAUCUGCUCAAUCUGAACAGGAAUGUGACCGGAAAGUUCAAACCUCUGAAGUUCAAAAUAAAGGACACUUUUUCACAGAAAACGACGAGACAGUUGCACAAACAUCAGAGACCGUAACAGCUAUAGACUCUUGUUCAAAUCCACAGUUUCUGAAAGAUGAGGGUUUGAACACCUCUCAUACAGCCGAGGACACAAGACCCUCGUCUGAACUAGAAAAUGGGUCACGUUUACCGAAACAUUCAACCCAAGAAAAUGAAGGGUGUCUUAAUGCACAGCCAAGCCCGUGCCUAGAAACCUCAGAUGUUCAUCAAAAUGCACCAUUGGAUGCUGUUGAACAAAGUCCAAGUACACCACAAGAAAGAGAAGGGAUAAGGGAGUUGCUGGAUAUUAAAACUGAAGAGAAGCACAAAAAUCAAAGAGAUGAUGUUCGCAAACAAUGCUGGUUGAAACAAGCCUAUCGGAGUCCAAUCAGUAAUCGCCUUGGAAGUUCACAAUACUUAUUUCAGGCUCCAAAUCGUUACAUUUUCCAUGGGGCUGAAGUGUACUCCUGCUCAGAAGAUGAGACCUCUAGUUCCUCUGACAAUGAAGGUUCCUGCUGCAGUGGCAGUGGGUUGGAGGAAGAAGAAAGUGAUAUAGAGGAGGACUGCAUACCUGGAAAUCAUCCAAGACCUGGGGAGGGUAGUGUUGGAGAGACAGUGGAUGAAAAUAAAUGCAUGUCAAAUAUUCACACAGACAGUAUAAUGGAGAAUCUCAACAUGACGACAGACCUUUAAAAUUUUCCUGCUUCUCUAUAAGUACUAAUGUAUAUGUCUUGUGCUUAUUUCUUGUUUGAGACUAUAUUUUUAUACUCUUCUCCCUCCAGUCCCACCCUAUUGCUGUUACUGCCUGCUCCAAAUCUAUUUGGAUGGGGAAGUCACAAUAGAGUUUUUUAUUGUUUAUUCAGUCUUGAUUAGAGAUGAAAGGCUGAUGGAUUGAAAGUAAUGGUUACUUUUAUAUUGGGUAUUUUAGUAUUUUAUAUGUGCUUAAUUAUUCUGGUCAUAUAGCUCUUGUGUCCAGUGGAACAUUUGAUGAGAAUAUGUUUUGGAUAAAUUAUGUUAAUCUUGAUUUGUUGUUUGUAUAUUUUCUGUACAUAUCCAGUUUAACUAUGCACAAGCCUAUAGAUCUGAAAACAGUCAGUAUAAAGAAAAUUACAAGAAUUGUCUUUGGAAAAUAAACAUAUGAUGUGCAGUAAAACUGCCUUGAUACAAAGCAUGUUAUAUGUACUUUUUAACAAAUUAAGAAGUACAUUGCAAAGCAUAAUGUACAUGGCUAAAACCAAAAAGCCUAAUAAGAUUGAAUUGAUGCUAGAGACUUUAGAUUACUAUAAUUAUCUGACUUAGCUACCUCAUUUUGAAAAAUUCAGUGCUUUCUUAGGGCAUCGCAUAUCAUGCUGUAAUUAGCUGCAUUUGUUUAUUCUGAACUGAAAUUGAACUAUAUGUAAUUUUACUGUAGUUAGUAACCUGAAAAGAUAAUAAGGCAACUUGGUAAUUA